AUGUUCGCUGGACUGCCAUUUCUCGAGCCAGGUAAACUGGGAGAACUGGGAUUCAGCACAAAACGAGAGGCCAGGAAAGCUUAUUUCCACAGAGCUCGUCUGCUUUAUGAUCUUGACGCGGAGAGCGACUCGCUGGCGACCCUGCAAACUGCGCUUCUUUUGACUUCUUGGUACGAAUCUCCUGAUGACAACAAAGGGUCAUGGCACUGGUUGGGAAUUGCAAUAUCAAUUUCUUUCAGCCUCGGCCUACAGGCGAAAGUGCUUGAAACGGCAGGAAAUCGAAGAGCGAAUAGGCUUCGCAGGCGUAUUUGGUGGGCAUGCUACAUGCGAGAUCGAAUGAUUGCACUCAACAUGAGUCGGCUCAUGAGAAUCAGAGAUGACGAAUUCAACAUCCCCAUGUUGGUUGUUGAUGAUUUUGAUAUUGUGGACACAGACGGGGAUUCUCCAGGCAUGGGUUCAAUAUUUCUUGACACGACGACACAGACCGCUCUGGCGGAGAUGUUCAUUUUCAUGGCUGAACUCUGUGUUCCGAUUGGGAAUAUUUUAUCCCUAUACUUUUCGACACUGCCUCCCGAGGGGCAGGAAAGUCACACAGCCACUAAACGCAUCAUGAUGAAUAGAGGGACAAUGUUAUUCCCGAAGUUCGAAGCCGAUGUAUCAGAGCGAGUGAUGAUGUGCGACGCAUACAUUCAGCAGCUGUUUUCCGCUCGCCCUGCUUCGUGCAUCUACAGCACACCACGCGCUGAAAGCUUCAAGGGACAUGGAACCUCGCUACUGGUACAUCGAAGCUUCCUUCAUAUGUCAUUCUUCGCCGUUAUAUCAGCACUGCAUCGCCCGCAGCUGAAAUCCAAAAGCCAUCCACAGAUCACACAACCCAUGUUUGACGUUGAAGCCAAGAAAUUAUCACAAAGGAGAUUCCAUGAAGCCGGAAAAGAGAUCAGCCGAGUCUGUCACGACCUGUGGAGGAACAAUGUGGAAUACCUUUUACCGCCAGCUGCUGUGCUAAUCCAGAUUCCAGCUAUCAUGACGCAUAUGCCCAGAAUUCUAUCAAGGCAGCUAAAUCCAGAGAACCAACAUGAUCCAUUGCGAGCAAUGUUCUACUCGCUCAAAAUCUGUGAAACGUUGCAGGCUGCCCACCCUGGAGUUGACACGGUGAUGGCGUUUCUCCAAACCGUUCUGAACGCAGCGAAGAUUGAAAUUGUCAAGGAUGGUGAUUUGAAGAUUAUUGACUUGCUCUGCCGUAAGGAGAAGGACGGUAUCGCGCUCCCAAAAUCUUGCGGUCCCAAAGAUCUGCAGAUUCCUACUAAAUCAGCGCCGGCUCGUAGCGUUUCAGGCCAGCUCUCGAGGGAGCACUUGACUUGGAGUGCCGAUGCGGAAGCCAUCUCUGGGGAAACCGCUGCGCUCGCAGCUGAAGACCCUCCUGGCACCGACGGUUUUCAUCUGAUCACAGCCAGGGACGAAUUAUUCUUCGUCGAUCUUGAGUUGGCCGAUGUCUUCGCGGACGGAAUGGCAACAGAAGAGACCUUUGAUCUGCCUCUUUCAAUGACCUGA